AUGCUGGCCGCCGCGCCGUCUGUGCGCGCCGCCGCCACAGCGUGCCGCCGCUCCGUCCGCCUGCACGCCGCGUGCCGCUCCAUCCGGAUCAUGGCGGCCGACCGAUCGGCGGCGAAGGAUGUCGUCGGGCGGGCGCUGCGCCGCCGGCUUCUCGGCCUCUCCGACGCGGACCGGCCGCUGCGGCUGCUCUUUGCUGGCCCGUCGGGCGUCGGCAAGACGGAGCUCGGGAUUGCGUGCCUCCCCGACCGCAACUUUCGGAGGUGGAACCUGAGCGAGUUUUCGCACCCGAGCAAGUUCAACCGGCUGACGGGCGGCGACCCGAACUACGUCGG